AUGUCAUCAAGCAUCCAACUCAGUGGAACUUCUUCUGUUCCUCCUGGCUUUCGAUUUCAUCCCACCGACGAAGAACUCGUGGGUUACUACUUGGCCAAGAAAGUGGCCGCGAGCAAAAUUGAUUUGGAUGUCAUCCGCGAGAUCGACUUGUACAAGCUGGAGCCAUGGGAUCUUCAAGAACGGUGCCGAAUUGGCUCCGCGGAGCAGCACGAGUGGUACUUCUUCAGCCACAAAGACAAGAAAUACCCGACCGGGACGAGGACCAACAGAGCCACCGGUGCAGGAUUUUGGAAGGCCACUGGGCGAGACAAGCCAAUCUUUGCUCGCGUCUCCAAAUUGAUCGGCAUGAGGAAGACGCUGGUUUUCUACAAAGGUCGAGCUCCAAACGGGCAGAAAUCGGACUGGAUAAUGCACGAGUAUCGCCUGGAGGAUGAUAUCAACAACACUGCAACAAACGAAGAAGGCUGGGUGGUCUGCCGAGUUUUCAGGAAACGCAACGUUGUCAAGAAGCCGAGCAGUGACUUCGACGGGGCCUGCUGCUACGAUCCGGAAGAAAAUAUGGACAAGAUGUAUAGCAGCAACAGCAGUUUUGUCAAGCAAGAGUUGGAGAGCGCCGGUAUCUACUUCCCAUUUGCGUUUGAUCACUCGCUGCCGCACCUCGAGAGCCCCAAGAGAGCAAGCCCCAUGAGCUACAAUCCUCCUCCGGAAGAUCAUGAGCACCACCACGAUUUGAUCAAAGCUUCCUCCUACAUCGACAACGAGCUAGAAGAACUGGUCCACAAGACGUUUAGUGGCGGCGGAACACAGGCCCCGGCAGAGACUAGCUUUCAUGGUUUCAGCGACGAAAUGGUGCCGCCAUCCUGGGAGGAUCCCGAGAGAAUGCUCUCCUCCCAAGUGGCUGGAGUUCACGAGGACGAGUUCUCCAAAGAAUCACGGCUGGGCAACUUGGACAGUCUGGUGGAACGCAUGAACAGGGGGCAGCAGCUGCAACAGCCAGAUUACUCGUAUGAUGUUGAUCUCUGGGGAUUUACCAGGUAGCCCGCGGAUGACAUCACACAGGCCUGGAUACUUUCUCUCUCCCCACUUCAUCCAGUCGAUCGAUGAAUCGAGCUUGUUUCUUUCUUGGUUUCCCAGAAGAGAUGGAUGAACUUCGUGCUGGUGGUUACUUAUUAUACUUUUCUCGACAAAACAGGUACCUUCCCAUCCAGUUUGCUGGCUUUUGUUACGCCCUCCUCUCCGUUUCUCUUCCUUCGGUGGUUUCCUGGAUUUCAGAGAGAGCCUGGAAGUGAAUGAAACGAACGCUGUUUUCUGUCCUGCGCUGUGGAUCACUUCCAUAUUAUUAUUAUUAUCAAUAUGUGAUUAUAUUUUUAUGACUAAUUCAGCAAUUGAUCAUGGUCAGUUUA